AGUCGUCCGCCCAGCUGGCGAUCAAACUAGUUCAGCUCUGACAGCUACGGAGUAUCGAGAAAUCAAUAUCUUUAGAAUCAGGCAUUGUCUUCGUUUGCCUCUGUUUGGCGCCGGGACAACCAUAAACCAGAUCCGUUUGCUCGGACGCUCGAGCUAAUCAAAUUCACCAAAUUUAUCAAUUUCAUCAAAUUCUGCAAUUUCCGCAAGUACCGCUAAUAUUCCGUUAAUAUUUCACCCAAAAUUCAAGUCAUAAUGUAUCCAAAUGUGAGUGCAACCGUCUGCGUGAUGGUGACGGUGCCCACUGCCCAGCAGGAGGCGGCACAGCAGCAGAGCCUGCACAACAAGCACUUCGCCGACAAGUUCAACGACAUCGAAUGCACCUGUGCCUGCCACAACUGGAGCUCCGUCUACUGCGGCCAGUGCCGCCAGCGGGCGGAGAGGGGCCGAUCGCUGGAGCUGCCGGAUGUGGACCGGACAGCGCCAAUGGAGAAGGUGCUGCGCCAGAUUAUCUCCCAGCUGCGGCUGGAGCAUGUGUUCUGGUCACAGGACCUCAGCGGCGGCCAGCUGCAGGCGCGCUUCGACCUGAAGCAGGACGAGCGCUACGAGCGCCUGCUCUACACACUGCGGGAGUGGGGCAUCGGCGAGCGGCCGGGCACCCAUGUCACCGCCUUCAACUGUCUGGACACGCGCGUUCCGCUCGGUGCGGCGGCAAAAUCUCGCGACUAUGGAUCAGCAGGAGCCGCAGGAGCAAUGGUCGCGAGCGGCACUGGCGAUGCCUACGAUGACGAGCCGAACGAGAGCCAGCGCAUGGGCUGGCAGAGCUUCGUGGACUCGGUGCGCUGUCGACUGAACGUGAACCAGGUGGUGCGCAUGGUGCGCCGCGAUGCCACCGUCAACUUUGACUUUGUGGUGCUGCUGAUGGUCGCCGCACUGCUCUCCUGCGUCGGCCUGGUGGAGAACAGCUUCCUGUAUCUAUCCAGCAGCAUGCUCAUCUCGCCGCUGAUGGGCCCGAUCAUAGCGGCGAUAUUCGGCUCGGUGAUCAACGACCGAGGCCUGCGCUGGCUGGGCAUCAAGAACGAGCUGAUCGGCAUUGGCAUCUCGGUGGGCACCGGUUUCCUCUUCGGCAGCGCCGUCUGCCUGUGCGGCCUGAGCCGCUUCUUCAUGCUCUCCUCCGGCUUCACCGAGGAGAUCAUCUCGCGCUGCGACACCCACUCGCUGGCCAUCGGCCUCUGCACGGCGCUCGUCUCCGGCGCGGCGGCCGCCAUCGGCGUGCUGGGCGGCAAUACUGGUUCGCUGGUGGGCGUGGCCAUAUCGGCAUCCCUGCUGCCGCCGGCUGUGAACGCCGGCCUGCUGUGGGCAAUCGCCCUCUGCACCCGGCUGUUCCACAUCGAUCCCGAUCUGCUGCAGAACCUGUCCAAGCAUCGCGACUACUCGGCGCAGCUGCACGUGGAGCUCUUCGUCUGCGCAACGGUGAGCAUGGCGCUCACGCUGGUCAACGUGGUGUGCGUGUGGCUGAUGGGCGUGGUGGUGCUGCGCAUCAAGGAGGUGGCGCCGGCGGUGCAGCGGGAUCAGCAGUUCUGGCGGCACGACGUGCGCCUCGCCCGCGAGGUGGCGCUGAACGAUCCGGAGCUGCACAGCGCCAUCGAUCGCCUAGACCUGGACGAGCGGCGACAGGUGAAUCUGGAUGCCGCCCACUACCAGCACACCUGGUCGCCGGGCACGGUGGUGCGGCCGCGCACCCGCCCGGACACAGCUGGCAGCUGCCAGGGCAAGGAGAACAACCGCAACUAUCACACGGUACACGGCUUCCAGAACUUCUGCAUGACGCUGCACAAGCGCAGCUCGGAGCAGCCCAGGCGCAGCUCGGAGCAGCCCAGGCGCAGCUCGGAGCAGCCCAGGCGUUCAUCCAGCGUGCUGCCCAGCUUCCUGGACGUCUUCAAGCCACUGGAGACGGCCGAGCGCAGCUCAGCACCGAUAACCGUUACCGUCCAUAAGCCACCGCCACCGCCGCCAGAGUCAGAGACUGAGACCGAGCCAGAGCCGCUGACCAUUCCCGUUCCAGCAGCGGGCAGCGGCGCAACGACCAACUAUCGCAGCCUGCCCGAUCUGCGGGUCAGCUGCCCCGCCAGCGAGGAGCAAUGCGCCCAGGAGCUCUCCGAUCCGGAGCCGCACACCAAGUCGAAGAUCUCGCGCAGCGUACACUGGAACGUGGAGCGCCGUUCGCUGAACGAUAGUCCCGACUCCUGCUCGCUGCCCAGCAGCAGCCAGGACUCACAGCGGCGCUACUCCGUCCAGAUGCUGGUCCCACCGCCGCCCGACCGUCGACUGCGUCUGCUGGAGCGACGUCAGCCCGAGGACAGCGAGGAGAGCGAAUACAAGCACGAGUUCAAUGUCUAGUCCAACUGUAUCUCUCUGUGUGUUUGUGUGUGCGUGUGCGUGUGCGUGUCUGUGUGUGCCUCACUCACUUUACUUGGCCAAUAGAAAAGCCUGCGAACAGCAACGCAAACAUUGA